UACCUUUCUGACCUUGCUCUUCUCUUUCUUUCCAUUCAUUUCUUCUCUUCAUUUCCCUUUCUCUUUUCCUUCUCUUCCCUUCACUCCACACUCCUAACUGCUAAUUACUAAACUACCACCUCUACCUUCCCGCCAAUUCUGAUCACAAGCUUCCAACCUCACCUCUUUUUCUCUCACUAAACCACCCCUCACAAGGGUGGUGGUGUGUUGAGAUUAUACAAAAUACCAAGAUUGUUUUUUUUUUCUCUCUCCUUUUUUCCCCUUCUUUUUCUUCUCCAUCAACACCAAAAAUCAUUUCUUCUUUCCACUUCUUCAUGCUCCCAAACAACACAACUACCAAAACAUCUUCAAUUUAUUUCUUUUCAUUUCUACAACCUUCACAAAGAAAAGCUUGAAACCGUUUCUUCUCUUAUUUUUUUACUCUCUCUCACUCUCAUGUCCGCACACUCCACCCUGAAGCUUCAGAAUCUCGCAAUAAGAAGCUCAAGCUUCGAUUUUGAAGGCGACCCACCAUGCAAAACAGCAAAAAGGCUUCGAUCGAAGAAGCUCCUUCGAAUCAUACUCACCGAUCCCGACGCCACCGAUUCAGAAUCUUCCAACGAUGAAGCAGAGGAGCAAACCCCAUCACCGAGGGUAAAAAGGGAAAUUAUCACUCACAUAAUGACCCCUCGGCUUCACUCUUCGCAUUCUUCUUCUCCAACCGCAUCUUCAUCACCUUCUCCUUCAAUCGGUUCGGGUCAAAACCAUGUUGACCGGAACCGGUUCAAGAGGAAAAUAAAACGCACCAUUUCUGGCUCUGGAAGGUUCCGUGGCGUUCGUCAGAGACCGUGGGGGCGGUGGACGGCAGAGAUUCGUGACCCGAACCGAAGAAAACGGGUUUGGUUGGGCACUUUUGACACGGCGGAGGAGGCUGCCGCUGUUUACGACGCCGCGGCAGUUAAGUUCAAGGGUCCCGGCGCAGCUAUUAACUUUCCUCGUGGCGAUUCGGAAGUUUCCGGCGAGAGUUUUGCGGUGGUUUCCGGUGAGGGUUUUGUGGCGGUUUCUGGGAGCAGAGGGGGUUUUGCCUCUCCGACUUCGGUCCUUGCUUACGAUGACGGCGUUGUUGGUGGUUGCGAGACGACGCCGUUUGAGGGUCUCCGUUACGGCGAUGUGGAUGCUUUCGGUUUUGACAUUGACGUGCCGUUAAGUUUGAUGGGCGUUAACUCGGUAUUGACUCAGCGGUUUGGGAAGGAAGAGUUCGGCGAGUUAGACCCGGAAGAUUUCCUGACGUGGCCUGAAUAGGGGAGGGGGCUUUUUCGUCUUUUUGAAGGGAUUGUGAUUUCUAUAGCGUUAUACUUGUGCUUGUUGGAAUUCCGAAACUGCCCUUCGCAGAGCAAUAGAUGACUAGAAGAAGAAACUAUUUUUGUCCUAAUGUCAAUUUGUAAUUAAUUUAGUUAUUAUUGUAUAAAGGAAAAUGAGUUAAGUGAACAGAAGGAAAAGAAAAAUAUGUAAUCAAGUGAGUAAGGGACUAUGCAAGAUAUAUAUAGUUUGAGUAAGAAUUAUAGUGUAAAAAAUUAUAUAAUUGUUACUAUUAAUUUUGGCAUAUAUUAUUAUGUUACAUGCAUGAUCCAAGCUGGUAAGGGACAAAGUUAUAUGA